UUUUUCACGUAUUUUCAUCCAUCGAAGUGUAACGAAGUUACUAAGUUCUGUCGGCCCAUGCGCAUGAUUCAUAUGGAAAAAGUGAACAGCAUUUCUCUCUCUAGGUCUUGCCAUGCCUGCGUCAAGGCUAAGCGGCGCUGUAAAGCUAGGCUUCCAAAGUGUGAACGAUGCCGCAUCAAGGGGGUAGAAUGCUUGUAUACCAAUGAGCCUCUAGUCUCCAACGUGGACGAUAAUCAGCCUCUUUCAGACAAAAGCUCUAAGAAACCAGAAAUUUUAGAAGACAAUCAACUGGUAAAAUCUCGUCGAAAAAUAACAUCUCGCGAUAUGGAAUUUUCCCACUUCACUCAUCUAAACGCCCCUUUACAUCUUGUUCGAAAGUGGUGUUAUUCGAAAACUACAGGCGCUAGCUUGGCAGUAUGUGAACCGAGCUUACCUGUUAUAGAGUGGAGACAAGACCUCGCGACUGUCUAUUAUCUUGCGGCUCAUUUGAAGGCUUUCCCAAUUACAUUCUCUCGGGAAGCAAGAACUCCUUUCAUUCAUUCCACCUUGUAUAGCCGGUGGCUACCGAAGCAGAUCAAAGAUACAUAUGCCAUUUGUCGAGCAUAUUCGUUAUCAAUAGACAAUGACGAAGACUUUUGCUUCGGAGUUCUACAUCAAAAACUUGGCGAAUUGAUCAAGGAGUCUCAGUCAUCGCACUCAUUUAGUGACUUAUUAGCUUCUCUUCAAGCUUUAAUACUCUACCUACUUAUUUGUCUUUUUCACAAGGACCCUCAACAGAGGAGAUUUGCAGAAACACAUGUUGCUACUCUCAACCAGUGGACACGUCGUUUAUGGGAGCAAGCUCCAAACGAAAUAUCGCCGAACCUAAGCGCAUGGGAGGCUUGGGCUUUUGCAGAAAGCGUUCGCCGGAGCAUUAUAAUUUCAUAUCUGGUUCGAGGCGUCUACCAGAUCGCAAAAUUUGGCUUCCAUCCGCAUUCAAUGUUUGUUGAAACCCUACCAUUUGAUCGGCAUACAUGGCUAUGGGAUGCCACCUCUGCAAGGCUGUGGUCUGCACUUCCGAGAGAUCCUCUGCACUCAAUUAUUUCCUAUCGUGAAUACACAGCUGAUUUUGCAAAUCAGUUAACAACUCCAACCAAUUUAUUUGAGUCGCUACUCUUAGUUAUGCGAUAUGGGAAAGAACCAAUCUAUCAUCGUCCUUGUAAUAGCUAAUUUAUGAGCAAAAUGUCAGAGCUACUUAAGGAGGAAUUUGAUUAGUGUUCAAAAACAUUAGGGUCAUAUAUAUGAUCUACAAUUAAG